AUGAUGGCAUUCUCACCUAAUACAGAAGGUGAUUCAAAUGGUAACAUCCCCCUAGCAAUCCGGGGUUCCAUAGGAUAUAAACUCCUACAGGGUAAACAAGACAGUGUUGACGAGAGUGAUGGUGCUAAUACAUCCGUGUUGAAACGAACAAACUCUAAAAAUGAAUCUAAUGGGACAGACCCUAAAAUGCCAUCAAUGGUCAUUGAGGAUAUGGAUAUUUAUUAUUACAGACAACUUGCCACUAUGUUACAGGAUCAUGAUUUGCAGCAGAAGAUUGAUAGGGAAAUUAAGAUGCGAGACGGGACUGCGAAACUUCUUGCAGCGUCAAAGCACCCAUCACAAAUGCUAGAAGCAGCCAAGACUCUCUUGGUUUCCAACACACGUAUGAUGGCAUACAUGUCUGAACUACAGAAACGAAAGACUGAUGAAGUCAUGAAGAAAAACAUUUGUACCAGUCUACAGAAUCAGGCUGCAUGUAAAGGCAGAGUAGCUGUGUCAGAUUUACGAAUCCCACUGAUGUGGAAAGAUGUCGACCAUUUCAAGAACAAAGGUGACCAUCGUCGCUAUGCUUUAUUCUGUCUCCUGAGAAUCGGCACAGAGAUAUAUGACACGUCUCUCCUGAAGGAUGUUGAUCGCAGCCUUACUGAUCUCUCGUUUGACGAUUACUUAGUAUUCCAGAACAUUGGUCAUGACUUUGAGUGCAAGUUAGAGGUCUACUGCCACAAGGUCUAUGAUGAUCUGACAAUAGCUAGUACACCAAAGAAGAUAAAGAAGAAACUGAACAAUCUCUCUAACACAGUCGGGAAGAGUGUUGGAAGAAGACUUUCAGGACUUAAAGAUGAUGGAGAUUGUUUUGGCAACAUGCUUAUUGGUCCAAAGUUUGAGCUUAUUGCCCAAGGUACUAUGCGACUAUCAGAUGCCAAAGAGGAUACUGGAACCUUUGAUCUUGCCAUAGAGGACAUUGAUGAGACUGGGCAUGAACUUCCAUUGUUUGGUGCCUAUUGUUGCAAGAUAGCAGCUCAACCUGCAUGUAUUGUAGAAGAUCAGAUCUCCGGGUACUUACAUCUACAGCAAAUAAAUGAAAAUGACGAAACUGUGGAUGGUGAAAGUAAAUGGGACAAACUGUGGUGUGUUUUGAAAAACUUAGAGUUGACCUGCUGGAGAAGUGAAGAUGAAGUCAACAUGGAAGAUACACCAAUAUUAACGAUACCUAUUACCAAAGAGUCUCAGAUCUGUGAUGCAGAUCCUGGUAGCAUGACACGCCCACAUACAUUCCAUAUAAUCACUAUGCAAGACAAUGAGCAGUUCCAGCAUACUCUAUCAGCCACAGACAGUGACAAUCUUUCCAAAUGGUUCAACGGAUUCCAACAACAUUUGCUAGAUCAAGCAAUGUGGAAGCAAGCUUGUGAAACACCUAUGGAAAUACAGAGUCCCUCUACCACAAAACUUCCAGGAUUCACCAGGAAAACCUCCCUCUAUGAGUCCACUUCGAUCAAAGAUUCUCCAAUUGCUGCUACCUUGUUGCGUCAUAAGGUUCAAGUCACUCCUUACAGCCAGACAUUGAAGAAGUACAAGCCAAUCACACACAACGAACCACCAAUUCCAUUAGACUUAAAUGACACUGAGAAAAACAGUAUUCAAACUGAAAUAUAAUGUACUCUGCUCUGCCGUGAUACUUUGGCCCGAAUGGUCCUGUUUUCUGGACCAGAUUAAUGCUCAGAGAAGCAGUAUAUAAAAACAGAUACACUCAGCCAGGAAUGGUCCUAUUCUCUUUACCUAAUUGAUGCUCAGAGGCUGCAAAUCAGAAUAUAAUGAGUCUGGUAAACACUCCUUCAAGAAGCCUAUUUUGUGGCAACUGGCAUCAAUGUUAUAACAAAGGAAAGAUGAUCAACCAAAGACUUCAUACAAUGGACCUUUUAUUACGAGUGGGAGUGUCAUGUCAUGUUCUACGCGUCGCAUAUGUGGGAAUGUUAGUUAUGGAUAGUAGCAUUAUAGAACUGUGGUGUAGGCCUAACAUCAAACAUGUGUAAUUUAAGAGAACAGUUCAAUUGAAUAUGUUCCAUUAUCAUUCAAUAUAAUGUUCACUGCUCAUUAGAACUCACAAGGUCUCCAUAACCCAGAGGUGUUCACUACUCACUAGAAUAUGGAACAAUAACAAGGUUUUCAUUAAAGAAGUGUUCACAUAAUGUUUCCUAGAGUGGUAUUCACUUGAGCAUUGUAUGCAGGCAAAGUGUUCACUUGAAAAGUGUUCACUUGUGAAAUGUAAUCUGUUCAUUGGAAAGGUACUCAUGAAAGUGAGUGUGUUUUGUGAAAUGACUCAAAUGGGCAUAAAGGAAGUAUGAGUACUCCAGUGCAUGGUGCAUCAUUAGUGCAAUGUUCAUUGACAUUUCUAUAUUUUCUAGUCUCUUAACACUUAUAAAGAGGGCGCAAGAGGUUAUAAAGUAUAUAUGAGGAAUAU